AUGCAGGUGGUCAUGAUGAAGUCGGCCCUGGCCGCGGCUGCCGACGGCAGCGAGCUGAAGCGCACCUACGCCAUCGGCGACAGCUUCUACGCGCUCCACCUCAAGCUCACCCCUGCGUCGCUGGAGAAGAUCAGGGCGCACCCGUAUGUCGCCCUCGUCGAGGAGAACCAGGCCGCCCACGCCAACCAGGUGUGCAACCAGCAGAACGACGUCAUCUGGAACUUGGGUCGCAUCGACACCCACGACAUCGAUCUGGUGGAUGACAACUACAAGUACAGCCACGCCGGGCAGGACGUCGACGUCUACAUCAUCGACACUGGCGUCCAGACGACCCACGUCGAGUUCGGCGGACGUGCCGAGUGGGGCGCCAGCUUCGCGGAUGACGGUGCCGACGGCAAGGAUUGCAACGGUCACGGCACCCACGUCGCCGGCACCGUCGCCGGUGAGCUCUACGGUGUCGCCAAGAACGCCACCAUCAUCGCCGUCAAGGUGCUGGGCUGCACGGGCAGCGGCACGUACGAGGGCGUCAUCGCCGGUAUCGACUGGACUGUGACCGACGCCAAGAAGCGCGGCCGCCCCUCCGUCGCCAACAUGUCCCUCGGCGGAGGCAAAUCGACCAUCGUCAACGCUGCCGUCGCCGCCGCUGUGGACGCGGGCGUGACGUUCGUGGUGGCUGCCGGUAACGAGAACACCGACGCCUGCUCGCGCAGCCCCGCGAGCGAGCCCAAGGCCAUCACGGUGGCGGCGACCACCAUCGUGGCCGGCGCCAACGGUGCCUCGAAGGACCGCCGCGCCAGCUUCAGCAACUUCGGCAAGUGCGUCGACAUCGCGGCGCCCGGGCAGCUGAUCAAGGCCGCCUGGAUCGACCAGGCCGGCACCCCGCCCAACACGGCCUACAACACCAUCUCGGGAACCUCGAUGGCGAGCCCCCAUGUGGCCGGCGUCGCUGCGCUGGUGCUGAGCCAGUACCCCAAGUUCGCGCCGGCCGACGUCGAGGCCGCCCUCUACGACGUCGCCACCGACGGCGUGAUCGACCUCGCCUGCUCCAGCUUCAGCUCCGUCUGCCCCUACACGCCCAACAGGCUCCUCUACACCAACUGCUGA